AUGACUGUAGCAAUUUUAGGUGGUGGUAUAUCAGGUCUAUCAGCCGCUUAUUAUCUAGCUAGAUUUGCACCUCCUACUACCAAGAUUCUUCUUAUCGAGGGUAAAAACCGCGUGGGUGGUUGGAUUCAAAGUCAAAGAGUAGCACCAGGAAACUACGACUUUAAGAAUAAUAUGCCCCAGGAAAGUGAAGAUAAAGAUGAUAUAUUAUUUGAGUCAGGUGCAAGAAGCUUACGUCCUAAAGGAGUCAAUGGUGCUAUCAUGCUAGAAAUGAUUCACCAUUUGAAACUCCAUGAGGAUGAUAACCUUCUAUGUGUACCAAAGACUGACCCUUCGGCCCAACACCGUUAUAUCUAUUAUAAGGAUAAAAUCAACACUGUGCCUACGGGAAUCGCCUCACUUUUAACCCACAAGCCGCCGCCUGUUUUCAAAUCUGUUAUUUCAGCUGGCAUUUUAGAGCUCUUCCGUCCUUCACGCUUCAACUCGCAAGGAGAACUCAAGGACCCAAACGGCGCAGAUGAAACUAUAUAUGCAUUCAUGAAGAGACGAUUUAACGAACACACAGCUAUUAAUUUGCUGGGGGCUUUAGGACACGGUAUUUAUGCCGGCGAUAUUAAAGAGUUGUCGGUAAAAUCCACCAUGCGUUUCUUAUAUGAAGCAGAAAGGGUUCACGGUAGCGUCGUUAAAAGCAUGAUAUUAGGCAAUAAGAACACCGGCAGUAUGAGAGAGAGAGGUCUUGCGGUGAGAAGCAGGAAUGCCGACCCUGAAUGGUUUGGAAAAAUGGAGAAAAACAGUGUGAUUGGAUUCAGAGAUGGAUUAGAAAGCCUACCGCGAAAACUGAGAGCUUGGUUGGAAAAUUGUCCUAAUGUUGAAAUACUCACUGGUGAACCUGUUGAAUCUAUCCAGACUGUAUCUCAUGACCAAGAAAUUAAGAUUAAAACAAAAUCAAAAGAUAUCUUUGCAGAACACGUCAUAUCGACACUUCCCUCUAUCGACUUGAAAAAAACACUCCAACAAAAACCUCUACCUCAUCUGUGUCAUAACCCCUCCGUUGAUGUUGCUGUUGUUAACAUGGCUUACUCUCCUGAGGAAGCAACACUCAAAUACGAUGGCUUCGGUUUCUUAACUCCUCAUCGAGAUACCAAAUAUCCUAUGCCCCUUCCUGGUACCCUUGGCGUUAUUUUUGAUUCUAACGCGUUAAAAGGUCAAGAUACCAAAAAAUGCGUGAAAUUAACCGCGAUGAUGGGUGGUAGUGAUUGGAAAGAUGCAUUUGGCAACGUGCCUAUUGAUCAACUUGAUCCUAAAGACGCAUAUGACUAUGCUCGUAAAGUAAUGGAUACUUACUUGGGUAUUCGUGCUGACCCAACGCACUCUUUGGUCAAUCUGUCAAAGCAAUGUAUUCCUCAAUAUUUAGUGGGUCAUGAAAGCCGUAUGCUAGAAUUACAUCAUGCAGUGAAGGCCAAUUAUGGCCAUCUCAUGAGUCUUACAGGCGCUAGUUACCUAGGCCCAAGUGUACCUGAUUGUAUCAAGCAUAGCCGCAUGCUAGUGGAAGAAUUACUAGUAUCAGGUGCAUUAGCUACUGACAAAAGCCGCCGUCAAAAGGUGGUGACCGGCCUUGGUAAAACGGUAGAAGGUAAUAAUACCGAUGAAAUCAAGGACAGCGAAAGAAUAAGUAAGGGCAAUCUCAAUGUCAUUAUGAAUGCUUGA